CGCUGCUUGGACAGCAUCGCGGCCACCGCGCGAGCCCAGGGACUGUCCAACGUGAAGGCCCCGCUGUACCUGGACGUGACCUGGGACUGGGAGCAGUGGGGCGGGAUCCCGCCGCAGUCGCUGGACCUGCUGUUAUGCAUCAACAUGAGCCACAUCAGCCCCCUGAGCUGCACCGAGGGGCUCUUCAGAGCAGCAGGACACCUGCUCAAACCCAAGGCUUUGCUCAUCACCUACGGGCCCUUUGCCAUCAAUGGGAAGAUCUCUCCCCAGAGCAACGUGGACUUUGACCUGACCCUCAGAUGCAGGAACCCGGAGUGGGGGCUGCGGGACACAGCCCUACUGGAGAAAUUGGGCCAGGCCAGUGGCCUGCACUUAGAGAGGAUGGUGGACAUGCCAGCCAACAACAAGUGCUUGAUUUUCCGGAAAGAGUAACCUCCUCCUUCACCCCACAUGCCUGCAUCCCUGCCAAAGGCUCUGUCGGGCACAAACCCGAUCACCAGCUCCUCCUCCCUGGGCCCAGCUACUGUCUUGGG